GAUGUGCGAUUCUAGCAUCUAUCGAGCGAGACGUCGACUUGGCUGUGUUUUAAAUCCAUGUCUGCGUGCGACCGAAAAUGGCAGAACCCCGUGUUCAGAUCGAAUCUUUACAUUUCUCUGUUGGCAUUUUAACAAUCUCCGGAGGCUCAUUGCUGCUUAUGGUAAACAGCUAUGGAAAAGACCUCAUUCCUGACGCAGCCCUUGGAGUUCUCCUUCUUAUCAUCGCUUCCUUAUUGGCUUACACAGGUGUGCGACGCUGCCUGUCUCAUACCCCACUUUCUGCCGCUCUCUGCCUGACUGUUUCGGCACUGUGGUUUGGUUUAGGGUUUGUGCACAUUUUGGCUGGAGCAAGAGUGGUGAACGGUGCUCUUGGGUUUAGGACCGCCCUGGUGCCAGGAUUGGCAGCCUUUUGUCUAGCAUUGUUCAUUUUAGGGGUGGUGGGAAUCCUACAAAAAGAGGUGGUUCUUUCCAUAAUUGCUUUCGCUAUCAGCCUAGCAUCUGCCCACCAAAUCGCGUCGUUGUUCAAUGCUGACUUUGGCCUGCAGGCCACAGCCGCAAACUUUCUUCUGGUGUGUUGUGUUGGGGCCUUCUUUGGCAGUGGGCGGCUUCUGUCAUAUAUCACCAAGGGCAAGGUACAAGCUCCUGGUACAAAGCUCCAGAAGAAGAGCAAGCUAACGUCGGCCCAGUUUCAGGAGCGGAAUGACGCAGUGCUAAUUGGACUUGUGAUGAAUCUGCUUUCGGCCAGUGUGCUGGCCUGCCCACUGUUGGGCGUGGUGCCAGAGCUUUCAAAUAGCCUGGUGUCAUGGUUAUGGACAGCGGGUGUCUUCCAGCUGGGUGUGAGCAUCCUCUCCUACCGAGCCAUGGACACCUUAGCAGCUACGUUUUAUGGUUUCACUGCAAUCCUGAAGUUUGCAGAGGGGUACAGUAUCCUAUUAAACAGCCUUGGUUACCUGCUGUCCUUUCCAGCGCCCCUCCCUAUAGUAUUCUCACUGUUAUUUCUCACCUUAGCCAUAUUUAGCGUUCAGAAGAGUCUUAUGGAUGCUAUGUACCAGCUCUUUUACAUGGCUUACUGUAUCUCUAUCGCUGCUUUGCCAAGGGGCUUUUUCCAGGGCGGUACGCAAGGUGUGCAGGCAGCCAUUUUUAUUGCGUCUGCUGUAAUGCUCUUGGUAAACCUGCACAAUAUGGUGUCCCCAUGGAGGCUGCCCACAGGCCAGGGCCUGUUGAAAACUCUUUUGAAGGGUAGUAAUGUUUUUGUCCUGCGGCCCCAAGACAAGGAUCAGCAUGCCCCAAAUCUGGGUUACUCCAAGUACGCCGAUGCAGAAGUCCUGGCCUAUGCUUGCAGUGCACUUUCAGCCUUUGCUAUAAUGGCAACUGUGGGUAAAGAAGGACCACUGCAUGUGAUGAUCCUGCCCUGGGUUGUCAUAUGUGGUGGUUUUCUGCAGCUUCUUUGUGGCUCGGUGGCGUUUGCUCGGGGGAAGACACUAGAGAGCACAGCUUUCAUCCUGUACGGGAUCUUGUGGACAGUGUGGGGGAUGAUACGCUAUGCUGGUCUCUACGGCAGAGAACGUGGUUUUAAUGUGGCCACUGGCAUCAUCUGCUUUAUGCUAUUUAACUGCUUCGUGACACUUGGUACCCUAUUCCUCAGCAAAGCCUGGUUUGCUUUCGCUUUCACUUUCCAGCUGAUUCUGAUCAGCUUCUUGCUAGAUGCAGUGAAUGCCUUGCCAUAUGGCUAUGACACUGCGGUUGCUCUUAUCUUUGGCACUGUCAGCUUUUACUGCUUUUUAGCACACCUGUUCAACAGUAACUUUCAGAGGCCACAGAUCCCACUGGGCGGUCCUUUCAUCAAGCUAAGUGGUUUUGAAGGUGACAGGGACAGUUGUCCACAUGUGCCAGCAAGAAAGGCCACAUCUGUGCAGAAGAUAGCAGAUAUUUUAAAAAAUGGUGGCACCUGUGGGAUGCCUACGGACACAGUUUAUGUGCUUGUGGCAACUUGCAAUCGCCCUGAUGCAGUGGAGAAGGCUUACAAGAUCAAGGUGCAUGCCCAGGAUCGUCCAAUGUCUCUGUGGAUCUCCAGUAUAAAGCAGCUUGAGCCAGCAAAACACCUCAUCAACCCAGUUCUCUGGGACUUCAUGGAGGCUGCCUGGCCUUCCUCCAUUAGCAUUGUCAUCCCUCGAGGUCCCUGGAUGAAUUUCUUAGGCCUGAGAGAGUCUGAAAAGUACAUAGGAACUCCACAGAGCAUUGCUAUCCGAAAUCCAGACUGCACUGUUGCCACACAUCUCAUGGAUCUGGUGGGGCCGAUUGCUACGAUGUCUGCAAAUCCAACUGGAGAGGCGGAUACGACACAUCACAAUCAGGUUUAUGCAAAGUUGGGGAACAAAGUAGAUGGAGUACUGUGUGAUGGACCUUCUCCGGAGAAUAUUGCUUCCACAGUGGUAGACUGCACCAAAAUUGAAAGCGGGAAAAUUGGUUUCUUCAGAGUGGGCGUCAUUCCAAAGACACAGGUGCUGCAGAUUUUUGGGGAGGUGCAGAAGAAACAUAUGGUGGGCCAGGUGAACCCCACCUUUAUGCCAGAUGUUCCAGAACUCACUGUGGAGAUUGAGCCUAAGACUAGUCAUCCAACACCGGGCAACAUACAUACUCUGGGUCAAGUGAAAGAAGAGGAUGAGCUAACAUAAUGCAAACUGUCGACUUACAAUACUGCAAAUUUCUAUUAAACAUUUACAUAAUGUUGUAGCCCCCAAAUUUUGUAAUCUUACUGAUCAUAAUACUUGUGCUGUAUGUUUUCUGCUUGCGUAUUUUAAGAACAAUCCUGCACUAUAAUAAGAAAAUAACAAAAAGCAAUAAAUAUGAGCUAUAAUGCUUGAUACAAU